AUGGCUUAUUCUGAUGGAGGGUUGCUUGGUAGAAUAAAAACAGUUUUGGGAGGAAGCCUAAGGACAAGAGAAAAUGCUGGUAAUAUCUUAGUUGAUACACAUGGAGGAGUGAAGCUCGGAGAUUUUGGUGUUUCCGCUUGCCUUUUUGAUUCGGGUGAUAGGCAGCGUACAUGGAAUACCUUAGUUGGAACUCCUUGCUGGAUGGCACCUGAAGUGAUGGAGCAACGAUAUGGUUAUGAUUUCAAGGUGGAUAUCUGGUCUUUUGGAAUUACGACAUUGGAGCUUGCUCAUGGGCAUGCUCCUUUUUCCUCUCGACCGCCUAUAAAGGUCUUUCUCAUGACCUUGAAUAAUGCUCCCCCGUCUCUUGAAUCUAGAAAAGACAAGAAGUUUUCGAAGGUUCAUCUCCCAUUUUGUACAUUUUGUAAAGCAAUGUCCUGA